GACAGUUGAGCCCUGUUUCCCUGCGACUGUUACUCAAAAAAACUAUAUUGCACGUUCUUCAUCAAAUUAUAAGCGCGUCAGGUCGCUCGAUUCGCGAGCACGCCCUGACUCUUGUCACCAUCUCAUGACAAAAAAUGGAAGCGUUGCAUGUGACGCGCUUUAAUGUAUUUUGUUCUCAUUCUUUCGUUCCUGAACCCAAUCCAACUGCCGCACCAGUUUAAAAAGCCAUGGCAGAGCAAACCGUUCACAACUGUAAGAGUUGAAUGCACUGAGACUUCUGUCGUCCACAUUGCUUUGACGAUAUCUUUUUGUCAAUCAUGACACACGUCAAAAAGUUGCUGUAUGUAGUAAACAUUCCUUUGCUCUGUGUUUUGGCGUCUUUUCUGUGUGGUGUAUUUUCUGCCGAUGAAAUAUUUGAAACGACGGCUAAAUGUGCACAGAAUGAUCUGGACGGCCUGCUGAGCUUCAAAUCACUGAUCGUGGAAGACAAAUCUGAAGUUCUGAAAUCAUGGAAUGGCGGUGCCUGCUGUGCUGGCUGGGAAGGCGUGGAAUGCGACUACAGAACAAGCCGAGUGGUGAAAGUGGAGCUGCAAAACCGCGCUGAGUGGAACGAAACCGUCGUCAUGCGCGGAACCCUUUCUCCGUCUCUCGCAAAGCUGGAGUUCCUCGAAGUCCUCGUCGUGAACGGUUUCAGGGAAAUCAAGGGCGGUAUUCCGUUCUCAAUCGGAAAACUCACCCGCCUGAAACAGCUCUACCUGGAGAACAACAAGCUGACGGGAGUCAUUCCUCCGUCGAUCGGAAAUCUCACGCAGCUUCAGACUCUGUCACUUAACGGAAACCGCUUGGGAGGGGAAAUUCCGAAGGAAAUCGGCAAGCUCCGGCAGUUGAUCCAGCUAAACCUGGCAAAGAAUCGCCUGACAGGGCCAAUUCCGGCGUCGGUACAGAAGCUCCGGAGCCUGCAGUUCUUAGAUUUCAACGAGAAUUUGUUAUCAGGUUCUUUGCCGCCAUUUAUUGGAUCGCUGCAAAGCCUGACGUUUGUGGACUUCUCCGGCAACAAUUUGACUGGAGAAAUUCCGCAGACCCUGGGGAAUCUAUCAAAUGCUUUGACGCUGUCUCUGGCGCAAAACAAAUUGACGGGAAAAAUUCCGUCUUCUCUUGCUCGAUUAGGUUCUUUGAGCAGUUUGUCCCUGAAUGAUAAUUUUCUGGAAGGAACAAUCCCUGAAUCGCUCUGCAACAUGUCGAAGCUCUGGUAUUUGAAUCUUUCAAGAAAUUCUCUGUCAGAUCCCCUGCCGGCUUCACUGGCGAACUCCACGGCUCUGCUAAGCCUGGAUCUUUCGCACAAUAAAUUCAAUUUAGGCCGCAUUCCGGACUGGAUUUCAGCAAAAGAAAUGACCGAUGUGCAUCUCGCCGGCUGCGGAAUCGCUGGCCGCCUGAGCGACUGGAAACCCUCGAUGACCUCCAUGUUCACGUCAAUCGAUCUCUCCGACAACAUCCUCACUGGAGAAAUCGGCGGCGUCUUCGCAAAUAUGUCGCGACUGGAGAGAAUUCUUCUGUCCAACAAUUACCUGAAAUCAAACCUUUCGGAAAUGUCGUUUCCUCAGGUCAUCGGCACCGUCGAUCUCCACUCCAAUCAGCUGUACGGCUCCUUCCGCAAAAUUCUCGAUGAUAUUUCCGGCGCCUGCUCUUCGCCCGGCGGUUGCCUCGACUACUUGGAUCUGUCAGACAACCUAAUAUCCGGCAGCAUACCGGAUCUGGUCGACGGAGAAAGAAGAGUGAAGGAUUUGAUUCUGUCAAAUAACCAGCUGAGCGGCAGCAUUCCGCCGUCAAUCAACAUGCUCAAGUCUGUGAGGCGGCUAGAUUUGUCUGGAAAUCGAUUGGAGGGCAAAGUACCAGCGAGUAUUGGUGAUCUGAGAGAGCUGAAAUGGUUAGAUUUGUCAAGAAAUGGCUUCAGCGGGAGGAUUCCUGCAGAAAUUCUCGGCUUGAAUAAACUGAAGCAUAUAAAUUUCAGAUAUAACCAUUUUUGCGGACAGAUUCCUCAGGGGAAAGUUCUCUCUGUUUUUCCAGCCGCUCCAUUUCUUCAUAACGAUUGUCUCUGUGGACAGCCUCUUGCUGCCUGUAAAAAUGGCUGACCAGCUUCUUAGCCUCUGCAAAUCCCAAUAUAUUUAAGUACGUAAUCACCGUUUUAUUUUACUGAAUAUGCUGUCUUUCUCCACAGUGUCGAGCGGCCGCGUUAAAACUAAAAGUGUGUACGGUGCAGUCACAGUUUUAAAAAUUUAGUACAAACUAAAUUCCUCUCUGUCAUGGAAUUCGUUAUGUAACCGUCAGGAAAAUAUAUGUAGUUUUAAUUUUGAUA